UAAUAUCACUAUGUAUAAAUAUAUCGCGUGUUUCGCUCUAUUAAUUGCAGUUCGUUGUAAAACAAAUUCAGAUUUGAUAAACAAUGAAAAAAAACAUGAAGAUAAUCUUAACAUCGCACCCUUUGAAAAUAUCAAUGUUAAGGAAGACAUUUAUACAAAUGGGAAUGCAGUGAACAAUAUAGCAGAUCAAUUUCUGAAAGGUGAGAUCGGAGUCCCAAAUGGUGAUGAAAUUGAAUAUAAACGGAUAGCUAGAGAGACAGAUGACGAUUAUGAUGAUGAGGGCAGUUUUAUAAGUACGAAUGAUAAAAAUGACCAUGAUUUUAUACACAACGUCAGUAAUUGUCCGGCUCAGUUUACGAGGUCUCCAUGGGGCAAAUGCAUUUCAUGUGAUGAAUAUAAGCUGAAAUUCGGAAAAGUUGGGGCUAGUUGCAAAUAAAAAGUAAAUCAUAAUAUAAUCGCAAGUUAAGAACACAAAAAAGCUUUGUUUUUCUUUUUAAAUUAAUAAAAGCAUUUGUUGA